AAGACUACCGAACUUCAUUUGCGGUGUAGGCUGUAUUCUUCAUCCUGGAGUAAACCUCGCCAGGUCACCAUGUUGACACGGUGCUCUGAUCGCUUGCACAGUGGAAAACACUUUCCUGUUCCCGAGAGCCUCCUGGAUUGUGCAACUGUGCAGCCUUAUGUGCAUAACUGUCUUGUCACCCUGCAUGAAGGAAGACACAUAUAUCAGUUUUGUGUUUUUUUCAAGUGGCACUGCCAUUUAAGAACCAAUCCGCUUCUCAGCAGCAUUGACCACAUAUUCCGAGGUGAUGCAGUUGUUAUGAGGAUUGGUGCCAGCGCUGGCUCUGUUGUGAACAUGCGAGGCAGGGACAAUUCACUUGCAGACUUCAUCAUGCAUCAGUAA